GUUCCCCGACGAGGACAAUACCGCUGACCGGGAGAUUUUGCAGAGGUAUACAAUGUUUAUUGCCCCCUCCUAGAGACGCUUCAACAGCAAUUUGUAUCAGCUGUGGAAAUGUCGAAAUCAUCGUCUUCAAAAUUCGUCCUCAGGAACAUUUAUCAGUACAUUUCAUCAAACCCCCCUCAAUUUUCAAACCCAAAUGCUAUGUCCACUGGUAUUUCUCAUUUCCUUUCUAAUCAUCACAAGAUAAUCGAAAAACCGUUUAUUAAUCCAUGGAUUUCAAAUUCUCAAAGAGCCCUUUUUUCGUCUUCACCGUUACCCCGGAUUUUGCAAAACCCUAGUACUAAGAAGUUGGACCCAGAUGGUAAUUUGGGGAAAUUAUUAGGGUUUAGGUACUUCUCGUUUAAGAGUGGGAAUUUUGGGAAAAAUGUGUUGAAGAAUCCGGUUGUGGCUGCAAAGGACACGGCUGCCCGGUACAAGGGAGCUGUGGGGUUGCAGAUAGAGGCAUUUUGGAAGAGGAAUUCUCUGGUGUUAUUUGGCGCAGUGGGUGUUAUGGUUUGCAUUUUGCUUUGGAGGGUUCUGUUUGGGAUUGCUAGUACGUUUAUUGGAUUGUCUGAAGGCAUGGCCAAGUAUGGCUUCCUUGCUCUUUCCUCUGCCAUUGUCGCAUUUGCUGGCUUGUAUCUUCGCUCAAGAUUUACCAUCAAUCCUGAUAAGGUGUACAGAAUGGCAAUGAGAAGACUUAACACAGAAGCUGGAAUUCUUGAAGUUAUGGGUGCUCCACUCUCUGGAACAGACUUGAGAGCAUAUGUGAUGUCAGGAGGUGGUGUUACCCUUAAGAACUUCAAGCCGCGGUUUAGGGGCAAAAGAUGUUUUCUGAUUUUUCCAAUACGAGGUUCAGAACGAAAAGGUUUAGUGAGUGUUGAAGUCAAGAACAAGAAAGGCGAGUAUGAUAUGAAAUUAUUGGCAGUAGAUAUACCGAUGGCCUCAGGACCGGACCAACGUCUGUUCCUGAUUGGUGAUGAAGAAGAAUACAGGGUUGGUGGUGGUCUAAUUGCUGAGCUAAGAGAUCCUGUUGUUAAAGCAAUGGCAGCAACUAAGGAGUUCGAAGAUCGUGACGAGUUGGAGGAUGAAGAGGAUGCUGAAAGAGAACUUCAAGAAGCGGAGAGAAGGCACCGGGAAGAAAUUGAAAAGCUUGAAAAAGGUGAUUCGAGAUGAUUAAGCUGAAGCUCUUUUUGUAUCGGUCACCUCUUUGGUUUUACAUUGGAGUUGUUUACAAAGGCAGUGUACUAGGUAGAACAUCCAAAAACUAACAAUGCUCUAACUGUUGAGUUUGCAAGUUUUCCUUACCUCUCUGGUUGAGUUAACAGCUAUUUUGGCACGCACAGGCAGGAAAUAUAGAUCAUACUCUCAGAAAUUUCUGUAAUGGUUUGUCAUUCGCCAAUAAGUAUGAUAUCCCUGGAAAUAUCAAUCCUUAAUGUACUUCAUA